UUUUUUAUUGACACAGUCUCUCUCCAGGCAAUGUUCACAUGCUCCGAAUUGAAGCUUUUAGCUGGCCAGAGCUGGUUAAGCAAACAGACCGAGUCAUUUAAAUGCAAUGAUUAACAGGAAGCCAGGGGAGCAGGCACAGUUAACAGCCUUCGGAGGGGAGAAGAGGCUUGGUUCCGAGUUCCAGAGCGAUGCGGUGCCCGAAGGUCACUGAUAGUGAUUUCCAUGUGAGGACAGGUAGGGUCACUGACUUCCGGAACCUCCCUGGGGUGGGGCAUUUUUGUGUAGUAAUUGGUUGUAAGUUACUUGGAGGCUGGGCAAUGGAGUUACUUCAGAACUCUGUCAGUGAAGAGUGAAAAUAAAAGCAAGCUAAGGAGGGGAAAGGGAGAGAAGAACCCAGGAGCUGGGCUCAUCAGAAACACCUCCGUGUGGAUCAGACCCACAUCCAUGCAGGAUGACGCUGGGACUUGGCGAAAAAGUAAGUUAAAGGAAGCUUUGCUCCAAUUCUGUCGCUAAAGACAAUUUGUUCAUUUCCUGCUUUUUGGAAGAUGGGCUCUUGGAAGUACAGUCUUUUUAGCCUAGCUCUUAUUGCUGCCUUGACGUUUAUGUUUAUUUCCAAUAACAAAUUGUGGGAGAACAAUCAUUUCCCAAGGGCAAUUCCCAAUAGUUCAGUCUUGGCAGAAGUCUGUUUUCAGAUGUUCAGUGAGGAGAGCUUUUAUGCAGUGGACAGCACACGGAAAACCACCCUGGAAAAGUUCACCUGUUCCGAGUACAGGGUUCAAAAUCAUUACAUAACAGAAGCUCUCUCCGAAGAAGAAGCUCGUUUCCCUCUGGCUUUCACACUUACCAUCCACAAAGAUUAUGACACUUUUGAGAGGCUCUUCAGGGCCAUUUACAUGCCCCAGAACGUCUACUGUGUGCACGUGGACAGUAAGGCGGCAGAGACCUUCAAAGAAGCGGUGAGGCAGUUACUGAGCUGUUUCCCCAAUGCCUUCCUGGCCUCUAGGAUGGAGCGGGUGGUCUAUGGUGGCUUCUCCCGGCUCCAGGCUGACCUGAACUGCAUGAGAGAUCUGGUGGCUUCCAAAGUCCCCUGGAAAUAUGUCAUCAACACCUGCGGGCAGGACUUCCCUCUGAAAACCAACAGAGAAAUAAUUCAGUACCUGAAAGGAUUCCUCGGGAAGAAUCUCACCCCAGGGGUGCUGCCUCCUGCUCACGCGGUGGGAAGGACCAAGUAUGUUCACCGGGAGCUGUUAGACCUUAAAAAUCCCUACGUGCACAAUACAGCAAGAUUAAAAACCCCUCCUCCUCACAAUCUGACCAUCUACUUUGGCACUGCGUAUGUGGCCCUCACUCGGGAGUUUGCUAACUUUGUCCUCACAGACCAGCGUUCACUGGACUUAAUCUCCUGGUCUAAGGACACCUAUAGUCCUGAUGAACACUUCUGGGUGACACUCAAUAGGAUUCCUGGAGUCCCUGGCGCCAUGCCCAAUGCAUCCUGGACAGGUAACCUCAGAGCUGUGAAGUGGAAGGAUAUGGAAUCGCAGAAUGGAGCCUGCCACGGUCACUACGUACAUGACAUUUGCAUCUAUGGAAACGGAGACUUGCAAUGGCUGAUUAAUUCGCAGAGCCUGUUUGCUAACAAGUUUGAAGUCAACACAUACCCUCUCACUGUGGAAUGCUUGGAACUGAGGCUUCGAGAAAGAACGCUCAAUCAGAGUGACAUUGCCUUACAGCCCAGCUGGCAUUUCUGAUCCACAGCAGCUCUGGCCUGAACGGAAAUUGAAGACACAAGACAGAGCUUUCUUUUCCAAGAGACUCUUGUCUUGGUUAUGCUGAAGGCUUAAAAAAAAUGGUUUCAGGAAACCAUCAGGACCUGGCAGCACGGCUCUGCUUAAAAUAUCCAUCGGGCACUGGGACACGUUUGUCAGGAUGGCUGUGUCAUUUCUUUUGAGUGUCUUUUGUUUUCUCCUCCACCUCUCCUUCCUCCUCUUUUCUUUUUUAAAAGAUAGGUAGGGUCUUGCUAUAUAUCUCAGGUAGCCCAGGAUGGCCCUGAACUCUCUAAUCACUCCUCCUACCUUGGCCUCCUAAGGGUUGCUAUUACAAGUGUGUACAACCACACCCAGCUCUGAUGUCUGACAGUCACUUGAUGUGCAUCUGCCUCUCAGGCUGCAUUAGAGCUCCGUGCCAGAUACUCAUAUUAACAUAUCCGGUUAGAAAGGAGAAUGGUGGGUAAUACUGUCUAAGAAAGUCAAAACUUAUUUGAAAAGGAAGCUCUUUCCAUAUUCCUAGCAACUAUAUUCUCAGGCACACAUAGGCACAGAGACAGCUUUCUAGUAACUCACCAAUGCCAUUUAUUACCAACACCGAUCCUGAAAAGCUGUACGGUGCCCAAGCAUUUGACUGACACUUGGGCAUCUCCAGCAUCGCGAAGGGGUCUCGUGAACACCGACGUUUUCAGUUUUCUUGUGUCUGAAGUUCUGCGUACAGUACAAAGCCAUUAACAAGGGACCUACAGCAUGUGCCGUAAGACGGGAUGUGCUGCAGGAAGAGGACCUCAGGGAUGCCGGACAUUUCCGUGUUCUAGUCCAGAAUGUUCUCUUUGGCCAGAGAACACUGUAACAUCCUCACGGGAAUGGAGGAAUUCUUUCUUUCCUACAGGAAAGGUGCUACUGCAUGGGUCUGGAACCUGUGAAAGACUUGCUUCUGCGGCUUCGUUUCUAUAUGAGAGAUGGGGACCGGGUUCUGUUGUGGACAGCUUUAAAUAUAUCAGGGCAGCCUCCAGCUUGUAAUGAUUGGUACUGACAAGAGCACCUAAGAGCUUUUUAUGACAGGUGGACAUCUGUGUCAUUUUUCCUUGUUCACCCUUCCAUCCAUCCAUCCAUCCAUCCAUCCAUCCAUCCAUCCAUCCAUCCAUCCAUUUGCCAGCCUGCAUUCAGCAAACACCUCUUGAAUAUCUGUGGCCCUCCAGACAUAUGCUGACAGACAUGAGGGAAGCAAGACAGAUACUUUCUCCACUGUAGAACUCUGGAGAGUGGUAUCAGCUUUUGAAACCCUGCUCUAGAGUCUUACAAAAUGGCUACACUUCGCACAGACCUGGCCUGGCUAUAUAUUACAUCAGGCCAUAGAUAUCAGCAGCGUGUUGAUUGAUAGACUAAUCCAGAGACAAGGAGGAAAUGGAAGGUAGGCCUCUCAUGCCCCCACAGCUCCUCCUUGUCUCGUUUUAUUCACACACCCAUGCCCGCCCCUCUCGUGGGUUCCAUGAGUACCUGUGUCUUGCAGAUGACGUAACAAGCCUUAGGAUGGUUCAUGAUCACUAGGAAGCAAACUCUAAGAAUUCGGGUUGAAGAUAAAAUAAAGCCAUGCUUAGUAUCUCCAGAGAAUGGCCUCGGUGUUAUUUAUGAGAAAAAAUUCUGUCAUUCAAAAAAAUGUGAGGUCAGGACUUGGUAGGCAGGGUUUCUUGCCGCAAAGCCUGAUGACCUGAGUUCAAUUCCUGGGAUCCACAUGACUAAGGGAGAGAGCCCACUACCAAAAGGAACUCUCCAACCUCCACACACUUGUCCUUGCACUCGGACAUCUGCCGCUCCCCCCACCCCAUACGCAUACACACAAAUGAAUAACUAUAAUUUUCAAAAUGUGAUUUGUCUUUGCUCGCUCUAUCGCAUUUAGAAAUAUUUAUUUAAUCUAACAGGGGAAAAACCCAUUUGCUUUAAUGACGUCACUUACCACAGUUUCAUUCUUGUGCUGUAAUUGUACCUGCUGAAUGUUACAUACCUUUAAAGGGAAUUACUUCGUGUAAACUUUCUUGUUUCUUCUACUGAAAAAUAAAAUAGGGUUGUAUCGGGUAGGAAAGGGUUGAGAUAUAAGAAGUACUUAGUCAAGGUGAAAUCUAAAACCGCUUUCUCCUUUGUUAUUCGGAUGAGAGCACCUGAAGACUAAUGUUUUACACUGGAUCGCUCAUGGAGAAUGAGACGAUUUUUCUGGAGAAGUUUACACGCCCAUUGUCGGUCACCUCCUUACUGUAAAUACUAUUGGAAAGAGAACAGCAUUUGAGCUGGCAGGGAAAGUACCCGUAUCUACUGUGUCCAGUUUGGUUUUGCGGAUGUUUUCUGUUUUUUUUUUCCCUUGGGAAUAAAUUAAUAUAUUGUUUUCCACCUUCAAAAA